AUGGCCUUUUCACCUGGAAAGUUGCAACUUCAACUGCAGGAUGUCCGUCUCUACUGGGCAGCACCUGCGCUGGUACUACUAUAUCUCAUUUCAUUGAUCAUCUAUCGUAUUUUCUUCCACCCACUGGCCAAAUUCCCCGGACCCUUUCUUGGCAAAUUCACCGACAUCAUCCCGACAAUCGCCAUGUUUAAGAUGGAGCGGAUGUACAACCAAGCAGAUUUGCUUGAGAGAUAUGGGAGCCCCGUCCGAGCUUCUACGAAUCAGCUGUACUUUUCCGACUUGAAGUCCUUCACCGAUAUAUAUGGUCAGAGCUCGAACCCUUGCAUGAAGUAUAUGCCUUUCUAUAGUACGGUCAACGCUACAGGAUCUUCAAGUGUACUCACUGAGGGACAUCGAAAUACUCACGCACGUAUUCGACGCCUGAUCUCUCACGCAUUCUCUAUGAAGGCGUUGCUUGAUAACGAGGCAUUAUGGCAUGAAAAGGUAGAACAGCUGGUGCAAUAUGUCUUCGCUCCGGCUGCAAACCAAAAACAAUCAGUUGACAUCUUCCACAAGAUGAACUGUCACUAUUUGGAUAUUGUCAGUUACCUCAGCUUUGGAGAGUCUUUCAAUUCCCUGCAAGGCAAAGGAGAUGUCACUGAACAUAAUAUGGAAUCCUUCGCUGUCAUCGUUUUUGCACAAGCAUAUAUACCAUUUAUACGCUAUAUCCCGAGCGCAAAGAUUCAGGACUACUGUCGAGGCCUCGAUGAGCUAAUCCACUUCGCGGAGAGAAGCGUUAAACGCAUUCAGGACGGAGUCGAGAAGGAUGGCGACAGCUUCGCUAAGGGCACUUUUCUGAGGAACCUAGUUGACGCCAGGGACGAAGAAACCGGAGGAAGCAGGCUGACGUCCACGGAGUUGGUAGAGAACACACUCACUUUCUUGGUUGCUGGCAGCGAUACCACAUCUUUUACAACCAUGUACCUGAUCUGGGAAUGCGGAAAGAAUCCGAAGGUAAGGGAGAAACUGGUACACGAAAUUCGCACAGCUUUCCCGGACCCUGACCACGCACCCACUUAUAACGAGACAGCGGACCUUCCUUACCUGAACGCAUGCAUCGACGAGACAUUAAGACUGUGGGGACCCUUGAAUCCGGGGUUUCCUAGAGUGUCGCCAGGGAAAGUGAUUGGAGAACACUACGUCCCGGCGGGCGCAGUCGUCAACACAAUACCCUACGCUGCUCAUCGAGAUCCAAAGAUCUUCCCGAACCCCCUAAAAUUCACACCGGAGCGAUGGUUAGAUGCAUCGGCAGAUAUGCGAGCGAUGCUCAGACCAUUCAGCCUUGGUCCGAGAAAUUGUAUCGGAAAACACCUCGCCGAUAUUAACUUGCACUUGACGCUGACGCGGUUAUAUCAGCUUUUCGAUAUUGAAAAUGACCCGAGCAUGACUGACGCGAUGAUGAGACAAAAGGAUCGCGGAACCUGUGGUCCUUGUGAUGGGAUGUUCUUGAUUAGACCAAGGGCUGCGAAGUACUAG